AGUACCUCCACGACGCUUGUGGGCGCCGAUCAGUCACCCUCCUGCGUGCUUAGAGCAACGUGCUCUCCGUCGGAGCCUUCCAAAAAGAGGCGUCUUACGUCUGGCGCGUCCACUACUUGUUCGAGUGAACGAAGCCCACACGCACGCGGAGGAAGCCUCUCGUCCGCAGGUUUAGCAGACUUAAGUCCUGUCCAAGAGUGUCAUCGAGCCUCAACACUUCUUCUGAGUUGUAGUAACUUUCGAGAAGAUCAUCCAAAUCAAGAAGGAGGUACAGGUGGUAGUCGUAGUACAAAAGUAGAGGCUUUGAAGGAACGAACUAGUAGUUGCACUAGCGAAGCGCCACACGGACGAAAUAGGGAGGUUGAAGAAGAUUUAGAAGAUCUUCUGCCAAAUGCUAAAAGAUCUCCACCUUCACCACUACGUACUUCCAAAGACGAAAGUCCUCUUGAGCCCAGUGCUCUCGAUCCGGAUGGUGCGUUAGCCUUAGCUGACGAACCAAGUCCUCAUCCAGAUACCUUCUUGGGUAACGACCCAAGUCCUCAUCCAGAUACCUUCUUGGGUAACGACCCAAGUCCUCAUCCAGAUCAAGAAUUAGCUCUCGCCGACUACUCAAACUUCACUUUGGCUUGCGGAAGCAAACCGAAGAGCUACCUUGAGUGCAACGUCUGUAGUUUUGGAUGCAUUUGGCGUAAAAAUUUCAUUCCGAGGUCGCCUGAAGCUCCAUCAACCGGAAAACUUCAACUCAAGGACGUGAAUGCUCGACUGGCACAAGAAGAUGCGCAGAUGCUUCAACUGGAAGACAUGAAAGCUCAAUUUCAAGGAGAAAACACUGAGAUGUUGCUGAAAUUGGAAGACGUUGAAGUCGAACGGAAAGAUCAUGAUAAUGUGACUGUUGAUUUGAAAAACUGCGAUCCUCUUUUGGAGCUCCAUGACAUCGAUAGAAGAAGUGCUCUAGAUGCAGAUAGAGGUGAUAUACUUCAAGAACCCGAGCAGAAUUGUGUUUGUGGUAUGGCUGGUGAUAACGACAAGCUACUUCCGGUUCCGAUCGAGGACGCUGCUGCUGGUGUGCCUCAAAUAAAUACUGCUAAGCUACUUUGGAUCGAAGAUGCUGGUAUGCCUCAGAAUCGUGACAACGAGAUGCUUCUUCCAAUCGAGGCUACAGAUCCGCUACUUCAACUCGAGGACAUGAAGCAACACGAAGCACAAGAACUUCAACUCUUCAACCCUGAAAGUCAUGCCAUUCAAACCUAUCCAUUACAUGACCGUGAUGAAGAUGCCUUUGAAGUUACGACUUUGGAGUAUGCCUUACCAGUCGCAUUUCCUGAGUAUUUCGCUCCACCGCCUCACCUUCUCGGACCUGCGUGCAGCCUCAAUGGUUUUGUGUGUGAUCUAUGCAGCAAAGUCGUGUGUCCCCAUUGUGCGCAAGGAAAUUGCACCCCACGAUACUUCUGCCACUUGUGUGAAGAAGGUUAAGGCCCUGAAGAUCACUAAUCAUGUACUUCCCCUCACAAGAGCAGUUCUGGACAACAUGCCUAGAAAAUACUUCAUGAGUUUGUCUGAAGCAGUUUUGUGAUAUGAACAACACCUAUUUAAGACUCCUUCUAAGAGUCAACGGUUUGUCCUGACUGCGCGAUUGAGCUUGAAGCGGCGAGAGCUGAAGAAACUCGUAGGGAGAACGAAGAAUUAGAAACUCAGAACCCAAAUCCGCUUGACAGCCCCGACUUCGCGGUCAGGCGUGGAAGAGCAAAGAUCCUAUUUUAUGACAAGUACUAGAGAACUUGACCUUGUUACCCAAGAGCUUGGGCGAGGCGACGAGCAUUGAUUUGAUUUAUUCAGAAUUUCCGUGAAAUUCAUACUAAGAGAUGGAAGGAGCAACACACUCAAAUUUAUGAGGAAGUGUACUAUAAUUGUUGUAAAAAUAGAUGUUGUAUCCCCGACGUUGUAGAAGCGAGUAAUAUCUCCUAUUAAGCGUGAAGAUCUGUCUGUUCAUAAUCGUAGUCCGACGUUUACUCCGCAUUGUCCGUGCUGCAAGAAGGGGAGAGAUGACCACGAUGAUUUAGAUCAUGCCGAAAUGCGUGAGG